ACUCACACUCCAGCACCCUUCAUUGACACAUGCCCUUCUCCUACGUACCCAACAUCUGUCACCAUUUCCACAAACUUGUCAUAUUCCCCGCUUCUGUUCUAUGUGCACAUCCGUUACAGUACAUAUAUGUGACAAAAACAACAACUUGAUACACAAAUAUUGCUAGCUCGUCCCUGGCCGGAAAAGCAAAAUUAGAAAAGAGAGAAAUUAAACAUCAUCAUGUGGUCAUCGGCAGCUGCCAGCAGAUUGAUCAGUACAACCUUAAUGUUUGUAACUGCAAUAGCAGCCGCCGCCGUCACCGCUCCAGCCUCUCACUCUCAGGGCGACGCCCUGGAGGCGGUUGGUAACCAAAUCGGUUCAGCGAGGAUUUGGGUCGAGCAGGCGAAAAUGGCAGCGGUUGACGAAGUCCCGGCGGUAGCGGAGGCUUUGGGAGACUGCGGCAAGCUGUACGGUGAAGCGGAGUGGAUGGUGGAGCCAUUGUUGGGCCGCGGCAACAUCAGCUACAGCCGUGAUGACGCCAUCACCUGGCUGAGCGCGGCGCUGGCGAACCACAGGAGUUGCGUCGACGGUCUGGGCGAGAGCGGUCUUACUAUUAAUGCUCCGGAUUUGACGCCUUCCUUUGCUAAGGCCUUGGCUUCGUACGCAAACCCAUCUGCUGCUAGUACACCAAGCAAAGCGGUGAGCACCGGUGAUCAAAAUAGCAGCAUCAUUGAAAAUGGGGGAGUAUUGCUGACAUCAUGGACGGCUACAACUUCAAAGGCCGAUAUGGUAGUAGCUAAAGAUGGCUCCGGCACUCAUCGUUCCAUAGAGGAGGCCGUGGCGGCGGCUGCCGCGGCGGCGAGAGCGGGAAGACACAAGCAUAGAUUGGUGAUAUACGUGAAAGCAGGAGUGUACGAGGAAAGAGUGGAAAUCCCUCGGCAUUUGAGGAAUCUAAUGAUGGUGGGUGAUGGCAUUGAUCGGACUAUCGUCACCGGCAGCCGAAAUGUUCCUGACGGCUCCACCACCUACAACUCCGCCACGUUCGGCGUAUCUGGAGACGGGUUUUGGGCCAGGGACAUAACGUUCGAGAACACAGCCGGCCCACAGAAGCACCAGGCCGUAGCGAUGCGGGCCAAUUCGGACCGCGCUCUGUUCUAUCGCUGCAGCUUCAAAGGCUACCAGGACACGCUCUUCCUCCACUCCCUCCGCCAAUUCUACCGUGACUGCCGUAUCUACGGCACCAUCGAUUUCAUCUUUGGCGAUGCCUCCGCCGUCCUCCAGAACUGCGACAUCUACAUCAGGAACCCGAUGCGACAUCAGGCCAACCACGUGACGGCGCAGGGUCGGGAGGACCCGAAUCAGAACACCGGCUUCUCCAUCCACGGCUGUCGGGUACGACCCGCACCGGAUCUCGACAGGGCUUUCACCGGCCGGACUUAUCUGGGGCGACCGUGGAAGGAGUACUCGAGAACGGUGGUUUGGCAGACUGAUUUAGACGGCAUCAUUCACCCAAAGGGCUGGAAUGAGUGGCGGGGCAGCUUUGCGCUUUCCACGCUCUACUACGCCGAGUAUAGGAACACGGGGUCCGGUGCAGCGACUCAGGGGAGGGUGCGGUGGCCUGGAUUUCAUCUGCUCACUACACCUCAACAGGUCGGGGAUUUCACGGUGAGUCGAUUUAUACAAGGGGAUGCCUGGAUUCCGGCAUCCGGUGUGCCUUUCUGGCUCGAUGUUUGACUAAUUAAGUUUUGACCAUAUAUAUGUAUGGGAUGGUGAUGAUGAAUCAAGUAAUUAGGGCUUUCAUUUUUUUUUUUUUUGCACCCUUUUAUUUAUUUAUAUAUAUCAUAUUCACACUUGGUGGGUAACUGGGUAUAGAAUACAUAUUAAGGUUCAAGAAAGAGCUAGCUAGCAAUAUGUUGAGGGCCCUAUCUAAAGUGUCUAGCACACCGAAAUGGUGCUUAGGCGGCUAGCAAAAAAUACCAAUUUUCAAUAGACUUUAUGGUUCAUA